UUCGGCCAGGAAUUUUCCAGGCCUUAAUCCAUCUUCCAACUACCAACAACCCCUCUUUCCAGAUCUGAGUUCUUCUGGAGUGGAAGCAGCAGCAGCAGCGGCGGCGGCAGCAUGAAAGAAAAAGCAGAAGAGAAGGAGAACGAGGGAAAGGGUGACACCAUGUCUGUGAUAUACAGUGAGGUGGCAGCAGAUGAACCCACAACUCACAGCUUCUGGAUGCCCAAUCACUACCAGAGCACAGUAAAACGUCUAGAUGAUGGGUACCGUGUCUGUGACCAGAUUGUAGCAUGUUUCCAGGAGCGUGCAAAGAUUGAGCGCAGCUAUGCCUUGAUGAUGGAAGAGUGGACUCGCAAAUGGCAGCCCCUCGUUGAUGGGAGCCCUGCGUACGGCUCCCUGCUGCGGGCCUGGCAGGCAUUCUUGGGUGCUUCUGAGAGACUGAGCCGACUCCACAUGGAAAUGCAAAGGGCUUUGGUCUCAGAAGAUGCUGCGCGCAUCCGGGCAUGGCAACACGACUCCUACCACCGCAAGCUAUUUGGGGGCUUCAAAGAGGCCUGUGAGCUGGACAGUGGCUUCCAGCGGGCACAAAAACCCUGGACCAAGAAGCUCAAGAAGGUCGAGAAGAGCAAAGCUUUGUACCACAAGGCCUGCCGGAAAGAACACAUUGCAGCCCUCCGGGAGAGUGGGCUUCAGGCUGCGGCAGGGGCUGAGGUGCCCCCAGACCGGCAACGUGCCCUGCGAGAGGAACAUCAGCGCUGCAGCCAAGAAGCCAACAAGGUGCGCGAGCGCUACGAGAAGGCCCUGCAGGAGCUGGACCGCUGCAGCCCGCGCUACAUGGAAGAAAUGGAAGCCAUUUUUGAGCAGGGGCAGGCCCUGGAGCAGAGGCGCAUUACCUUUCUCAAGGGAUCCUUUCUCGCCCUGCACCGGCGCCUGGAUGUCACCGCCAACCCCAGCAUCCAAGCUGUUUAUAGUGACUUGCACCAAGCCAUUGAGGAUAUAAAUGACCAGGACGAUCUCAAAUGGUGGCGUAAUCGACAUGGACCAGGGAUGCCCAUGAACUGGCCACAGUUUGAGAGUUGGAACCCUGACCAGGAGCGGCCACAGGUGAAAGUCAAGAAAGGCAAAGAACCAGAGCAAGCAACACUCCGCAGCAUCACCCCUUCCCAGAGCAAUGCAAAGCCAGCACCCAUGCAGGUGUCAGGCCAGCGGGUCCGUGCCGUGUACGACUAUACCGGUCAAGAGGCAGAUGAACUAAGCUUCAAGGCAGGAGAGCUGCUUACCAAGCUGGAAGACGAGGACGAGCAAGGCUGGUGCAAGGGGGUGACCGACAGCGGACGUGUGGGGCUCUAUCCUGCAAACUAUGUGGAGCCCGUACAGGGUUAGCCAGACAGACAGCAGAGGGGAGCCACGGGAAGCGGUGGGGCUCACGCAUACCCGCACUGGGGCUGUGUCUCGCCCUCACUUCUGAGAUCGCACCGUGCAAGCACAGAACAGUGCAAAGUGCAGCUUCCUUGGAGACGUGGCCUUUUUUUGGUUUUUUUUUAUGAGCAUGCAACUUUCUCAUUCAUAGGACACGACAUUAAUCUUGAAAAUGUGGGUGGGUCAUGUGGGGGAAAUCUCAGAAAUCAGGGAGGACUGGUGGGUGGGACUGGGCGAAAGUUCAAGCAGAUGGAGGAACAGUGUCUGAGUUGCACCCAGCUUCUUGCCUCUUCCGAUAGCUGUAGAAUAAAUUAUGCAGAACAAAGCCACUGAUGCUCAGUUUGCAUGACUUAUUCAGGGGAAGACAGCUUUUGGCUUGAGGGGGGUGGAGUAAUAGACAGCCCUGAUCAAUAGGUAAAGACAUAGAAAGAACUAUGGACAAGGUGCAACCUGGGAAGCAAGUGCAGCCUUACACAAGGAGAAAAUGUGCAAUACACACCAGUAAUUGCAUGCACUUGAGGACACACACAUCCGGUCUGAUUUGCAGACUGCAUGCCUGCACACCUACACAGCUGCAGAUUCUAUGCCUGCCUCUCUUUGAGGCACAAGCAAAUAGAUCAAGGAGCCUUUAACUUCCUAUUAGUGUGUGGCCAGAGGGCUGGCCAACACCUCUAGAAACUCUGAGACACACUCCAAAAGAUAAUGACAAGCCAAUCAAAGGAGACAUGCAAACCGCCCAGAGAGUUCUGUGGGCUGUGGGGUGGUAUAUAAAUGUAAUAAAUAAAUAGUAUCUUGGUAUCACCAGGAAAAGCUCUUUAGAGAUUGUGAAAUGGUUAUCAAAAUAUUAGUCACACAUGGGUUGUGAAGGGUGGAGUGAGAUAAACAUGUAAUGCAACUGCUAAUCUAAACUUCUCCCACAUGGCAACUCUGGAAAACUGGAUGUUUGCAGGCCUCAGCCAUACAGUAAGCUGAAUGUUACCUCUCCUUUCUGGAUUUAUGGUUCUUUUUUU